UGGUGCACCUUUGCGCGAACGCGAAUGGGAGGUAUUUCACGUGCGCACUUACUUUAUUUUAACUUUUUCCUUCAUCUUUCAACGGAUUUUACUCUCAUCUUUCAUAACGUAAGCUCGUCAUUUGGCUCGCAUCACCAAUGGCUCGGAGCACAUCAGAGCGGCGACCGCGCAGAGGUUUUGUACGUCUCAACGUGCACUUGUUUUCAUUUAUAUUGACUGUGAUAUGUGAUGCAUCCGCACAGGGUUACGAGAGGUUGGGGUUAACCUAUGGUUUGAGAUCUGAGCUCUCAGAAGAUGCUAUUCUUGUCGCAAAUAAUGGAAUACGUGUUCCCUUCGGUAGGUCUGUAUACAUCGAUCCGAUCAAUGACUUAGUUACUCAAGUUCAGCCCGGCGACAAGUGCACCAUAACGGUUCUGGAUAACGAUCCGUUAUCACAGAGACCAGGACAGCUUUCCCCGAAAAAGUUUCCUUGUCUAUUCGGUCACAGCGAUGUAAAGUACUCGCAUUUCGGAUCUACGAGCCCUUCGAAAGACAGGGUAAGACUUCAGCUGAGGUAUGAUACACAGACUGACACAGUUAUUAUUCCCUUUAUGAUGGAAGUGGAGGUGAUCUUCACCCAGCUUGAGGUUCUGACCAAACACAUGCCUCUAGUAGUAGAAAAACUGCUUGGGAUGAGUAACUCCAUUGAUAAGAAAGUCCUGGAGUUCACAUAUGAUAGGAACGCUCACGUGUGUAAAAUGACACCUCUGGUCAGUGGCGGUACUUUGCCAAGAUAUGGAAAGCUGGUUGAUGAUGGUAAAUUAGGGAAACCCGUGGACUGCGAUGAAUUUGUCACGAUGAACGUACGCUAUCAGCACACUUUUGCACAUCGCUCCCCAAACAGAGAUUACAUUCCCAUGUAUUUAGAAUUACAAGACAAAGAAGCGAACGUACUCAAGCAAGAGUUUUUCCAAGUCGUGGUGAUCAUAAAGGAGGGCGAGGAGAACACGGCUCCCAAACCAAGUUUCGUGGCCAUGAUGAUGAUGGAGGUCGAUCAGUUUGUGAUGACGGCCAUAACCCACGACAUGCUGGCGGCUGAGGAUGUCGAAUCUAAUCCUGACGAUUUAAUCUUUAACAUCACUUCCCCGCUGUCUUUUGAGGAAGGCUACAUUGUCAGCACAGAUGACAGGAAUUUGCCUAUCACGUCGUUUUAUCAGAAGGACCUGAAGGAUCUUAAAAUAGCCUAUAAGCCUCCUUCUGUGGAUUCGGAUGCUGAGAGGAUUUUCCAAAUUGAGUUUGUGGUUGUAGAUACUGAGGGCGCCAUAUCAGACCCCUUUGCUUUUAUGAUAGUGGUUAAACCUAUGAACACACUAGCACCGGUCGUGACCCUUAAUACAGGGCAACUUCUGUAUGAGGGUCACUCCAGGCCGCUGUCCAGCUCUGAAAACUUGCAAAUUAGUGAUGAGGACAAUUUAGACCACGUCCAGAUAACUGUUAUCGAUGGGCUUCGCCACGGACAGCUCACGGUGCUCGGUUCGAGGCGCAAAUACUUUACCCCAGCAGAUCUUGAUGUAGGUAGCGUUCUCUACCAACACGAUGGCAGUGAUACAUACAGCGAUAAUAUCAUUUUCAGAAUGACGGAUGGUAAACACGAAGUUGAGUUUUUAUUUCCCAUCACUGUGGUGCCAACCGACGACGAGCCUCCUAUAAUUAAUGCCAACACAGGUUUGAUCCUAUCCAAAAACCAAAUGAUGCCCAUUUCCCCUUUAACGCUUAGCGCGGCAGAUAUAGAUUCGGAGGAUUCAACUAUUAAAUUUAUUAUGUCGCCUCCCUACUCUACUAUCGGAGAAGUAAUACUUAGGCAGUCGGAUGCACCUGAGGAUCCGUCCACCUGGAGGUUCAAUGCGGAAGAUGAAAUGUACGAGAAAGUAGUGACGGAAUGGUUCCAGCAAGACAUCACGAACGAGAAGCUGUUUUAUAGACACAUCGGACCACAUAAUACAAAAACCAUCAUGGACCAGUUUAAUUUUUACGUGCAAGAUGACAACGACCCCCCAAACCAAUCAGGUGAAAGCUCAUUCUUCAUAAAAGUUCUCCCUAUUGAUGAUAUUCCUCCCGAGCUGUAUCAAGGGACCACCUUGCAACUGACCGUGCAAGAGUAUCACCUCACGUAUUUUCGAAAGAAAUUCUUGCGCUACACAGAUUUAGACUCAGAAGAUAGGGAUUUAAAAUACACCAUUACCCAGCUGCCCACAGACACAGAUGAAAACAGCCCUAGCAUUCUGGGAACCAUCGUAUUGACUGAGAGUCCGCACAUAGAGGUCACCGAUUUCACUCAGGCACAGAUAAAUCAUCACAAGAUCGCAUACAAGCCUCCAGAUCUAGAGCUUGGAAUAACUCCACACGUGGUGCAGUUUCGCUUCAAAGUGGAAGACACUGCAGGAAAUAGUGCCGAUGGAGUUUUUACCAUAUUUUUAAAACCUGUCGACAACAAGCCCCCUCAGAUCACCAACAGUGGUUUCACCAUACAGGAGCGAGGAACUUACGUCAUCACACGCCUCGAGUUGGACACCACGGAUGCAGAUACGGACAGCUCACAGAUACUCUUUACGAUCACCCAACCUCCAACGCACGGUCAGAUUAAAUACAUAUUCACUGAUAUGACUAAAGGAGAUUCAUUUAACCUGCAAGAUAUAUCUAAUGGUAGAAUAUCCUAUGUUCACAACGGAGAAGAGUCAACUAGCGAUUCCUUCAAACUGGAUGUCAGCGAUGGCCUCCACAUUGUCACAAUCACAGUCAGGAUUAACGUGAAACCGAUUGAUGAUGAAGCUCCUACUAUAAGUCUUCCAGAGGGGACUAUUGGUUCUUACAUUGAUGUUUUGGAGAACGGAGCAACUGAGAUCACCACCAACGUUAUUCGGGGUCGAGACAAGGACACCGAUGACCUCAGACUGACCUUUAUAGUGGAUGAUCCCCCAGUGUUUGGUGAGAUAUUAGUGAAUGGAGGGCCAUCCAAUAGAUUCACUCAAGCAGACAUCAUUAGUGGUUUGGUUGUCUAUGCACACACGAGCGGAGAAAUUGGCUUUACAACAAAACACGACUUCUUUAAUCUUACUCUCACUGAUAUGUCUGAUGAAUGGUCUGUGGGGGGUAAUAAAAUCAAAGGGGUGCAAGUGCAGGUCACCAUUUUGCCAUUGGACAGUCAGGCCCCUGAGGUCUUUAUCGGCCCCCCGUUUCGUGUCGUGGAGGGGGAGAAGAACGUUAUCGAAAUUUUGCACAUAAGCGCUAAUGAUAUAGACACACCUAACGAUGACCUUCUUUGCACUAUUAUCGUACAGCCCACCUCUGGGUACGUUGAGAACAUCUCUCCAGCUCCAGGCUCUGAGAAAUCCAGAUCAGGUAUUGCCAUUAGCGCUUUCACCAUCAAAGACAUUAAAGAAAAUCACAUUUAUUAUGUACAAAGCAUCCACAAAGGUGUUGAGCCCAUCGAGGACAGGUUCACUUUUAGAUGUUCAGAUGGGAUUAACUUCUCAGAGAGGCACUUUUUCCCGAUCGUGAUCAUACCAGCCAAUGAUGAAAAGCCUGAGAUUCAUAUGAGAGAGUUUGUGGUGAUGGAAGGCAGGAGCAUAGUGAUUGACACCCCGAUAUUAAAUGGAGCCGACGUUGAUAUUCCGGCGGAUGAACUCACGUUUAUUAUUUCGAAGCCUCCUAAACACGGAUAUAUUUUCAAUCAGCUCUCCAUAGGCACCGUUCCUGUGACAAACUUCACCCUGGAUCAGAUACGAGAGUCUUCGAGUAUUGUGUACGAGCACGACGAUUCGGAAACCACGGAGGACAGUUUUGAAGUCCUGCUCACCGAUGGGAAAUUCACAGUGCAGAACACCGUCAUGAUCAUGUUGAUUUUAGUUGACGAUGAAACUCCAAGAAUGGCAAUUAAUGAUGGCCUUGAAAUAGAAAUAGGUGAUGUCAAAAUAAUCAAUAACAAAGUUUUAAAAGCAACUGAUCUGGAUACAGAAGACAGCAUUUUAACCUACAUCAUCCGUUACGGUCCCAACCAAGGUAUUUUACAGAAGAGAACUUCAUCCGGACUGCUAGUAAACAUAACCGUUGGUAUGAACUUCACGCAAAAUGAGAUCGACCAAGAAUUGAUCAUGUACUUUCACAACGGACAAGAGGGAGUCCGUGACCUUAUCAAAUUUGAUGUUACUGAUGGCAUUAACCCUUUAAUCGAUAGGUACUUCUAUGUAACUGUAGGCGGAAUAGACAUGGUAUUUCCCGACGUGAUCAGUAAAGGUGUUUCUCUUAAAGAAGGUGGACGAGUGAUCCUGACCACAGAUCUCCUCAGCACCAGCGAUCAUAACAGUCCCGAUGAGCACUUGGUGUUUACUAUAACUCGUGCCCCUGUAAGAGGUCACCUCGAGUGCACCGACACACCUGGUAUGCCCAUUACUUCAUUUGCUCAACUUCAACUAGCUGGAAGUAAAAUUUACUACAUCCACACCUCUGAUGACGAAGUCAAGAUGGACAGCUUUGAGUUCGAGGUGACGGACGGUUACAACCCUGUGUUCCGCACCUUUCGUAUUUCUAUCACCGACGUGGACAACAAGAAGCCUGUGGUCACCAUUCACGGGCUGGUCGUCAGUGAAGGUGAAAAGAAGCUUAUCACCCCUUUUGAGCUCACGGUGGAGGACCGUGAUACCGUCGACCACUUUUUAAAGUUUACCAUCACCCAGGUGCCCGUCCGUGGCAAGUUGCUGUUUAAUAACACCAGACCUGUCACUUCCUUCACCAAGCAGGACCUGAAUGAAAACAUGAUCAGCUACAAGCAUGACGGGACGGAGUCUGCCUCCGACAGCUUUUCAUUUAUGGUGACUGAUGGUACUCACACAGACUUUUAUGUAUUUCCCGACACGAUUUAUGCAACUCGUAAGCCCCAGAUGAUGAAAAUCACAAUUCUUUCAGUGGACAAUGGUGUUCCACAGGUGGUGACCAAUAAGGGUGGUACGACGUUAAGAAUUCUCUCCACUGGGCACUUAGGAUUCCUGAUUACAAGUAAAAAUUUAAAGGCAGAGGACAGAGACAGUAUUCAAGGAGCAGUGACUUUUAAAUUGACGGUGGGUGCAGAGCAUGGCUACCUAGUGGAUUUGGGCAAAGGCAAUGCCACUAUCACCACAUUUACCCAAGCUGACAUCGAUGACAUGCACAUAUGCUACGUGCUACGAGAUGGAGACAAUGCCACAAGCGACAUUUUCUACUUUUCCAUUGAAGACAACGGUGGCAACAAGCUAAAAAACCAACAGUUCAGACUAAACUGGGCUUGGAUUUCUCUGGAGAUGGAGUAUUACCAGGUGGAUGAAGAAUCCAAGUUUCUGGAGGUGACUUUAAGAAGAAGAGGCUACCUUGGCGAGACAUCAUUUGUUAGUAUCGGGACCAAAGAUGGCACUGCUGAAAAGGACAAAGAUUUCAGAGGAAAGGCCCAGAAACAAGUCCAGUUUAACCCUGGUCAGACCACUGCCACCUGGAAAGUUCGCAUCUUGUCGGACAGCCUGUACGAGCAGUCCGAGGCCUUCCAGAUUGUUCUGUCCGAGCCUGUCAUGGGUGCACUGGAGUUUCCAGAGGCAGCGACAGUGGAAAUUGUCGACCCUGAGGAUGAAUCCACAGUGUUCGUCCCUUCAUCUGUGUUCUUGGUUGGGGAAGAUAUUGGAGAGCUUCUGAUUCCUGUGCGGAGGUCUGGAGAUGUCAACCAGGAACUCAUGGUUAUCUGCUUUACACAACAAGGUACGGCUAAGGGCACGGUCCCCACCAUGGUGCUUUCCUAUUCUGACUACAUUUCCCGACCGGAGGAACACCACAGCGUGCUGCGGUUCGAUAAAGGCGAGACAGAGAAGCCCUGCCGUGUGGUCAUCAUUGAUGACUCGCUCUAUGAGGCAGAGGAAAGCUUUAAUGUUACCCUCAGCAUGCCCAUGGGCGGCCAACUGGGACAGGAGUUUUUCACCACAAGAGUCACCAUUUUGCCCGAUGCAGACGAUGCACCAGUCUUCUAUUUCGGUGACAUGGAGCACCACGUGGAUGAGAGCGACGGUUAUGUUGAAGUGCAUGUCUGGCGAACAGGAAGUGACCUCUCCAAAGCCGGAACAGUCACAGUGCGGUCUCGAAAAAGUGACCCAGUUUCAGCUGAAGCUGGUGUGGACUAUGUUGGGAUUAGCAAGAACCUGGACUUUGCCCCCGGCGUCAAUAUGCAGACGUUCAGAGUUACCAUUCUGGAUGACCUUGGACAACCCGUGCUGGAGGGACCAGAGAAGUUUGAGCUGGUCCUCCGUAUGCCCAUGAAUGGCAUAUUGGGAGAACCGGGAAAAGCCACUAUCUACAUCAAUGACUCUAUUUCAGACUUGCCCAAAGUGCAAUUUCGAGAUGCGUCAUACACCGGUCAUGAGAACGACGGACAGAUAUCUGCUAUUGUGUACCGCAAUGGAGAUUUGAGCUACAAGUCCACCGUUCGCUGUUACAGUCGCCAGGGCUCGGCUCAAGUCAUGAUGGACUUCAAUGAGAGACCAAACACAGACGUCUCCACCAUCGUCUUUUUACCAGGAGAGGUGGAGAAACCCUGCGUUUUGGUCCUCGUGGAUGACACUGAACACGAGGAAGAGGAGGAACUGAGAUUGGUGCUUGGAAGUCCCAAGAGUGAGUCUCCGUUCGGAGCGUCCAUAGGGACUCAGAAUGAGACGCUCAUCAAGAUUAAAGAUGACGCCGACAAGGCCAUUAUCAGAUUCGGCGCAACCAAGUUUAGCGUGAGCGAACCCAGCGAGUCCGGUCAGCUGUCAGUGGUGAGGAUUCCGGUGCAGAGAGUAGGAGACACAUCCAAAGUGUCUGUGGUUCGAGUCCACACAAAGGAUGGCUCGGCUUCUUCUGGAGUAGAUUACCACCCUAUUUCAGAAGAUAUCGAGUUUAAAGAGGGAGAAACAGAACACAUUGUGGAGGUGGAAAUUCUAUAUGAUGGCGUGCGAGAGAUGAGGGAGGCUUUCACAGUCCACUUGAAACCCGAUGAGAACAUGGUAGCAGAGAUUCAGGUGACCAAAGCCAUCAUCUACAUUGAGGAGACAAACAGUAUGGCUGACGUCACCUUCCCAUCUGUGCCAGUGGUGGUGUCACUGUUGCAGUACGAUGAUACAAGCAGGACUAGAGACGCUCGGCUGGUCACAGGAUAUCCUGUAGUCUGUGUCACGUCGUGCAACCCUAAGUACCCUGAAUUUGACCGGACGGGCUCCAUCUGUGCUGCCGAGCACAUCAACAACACACUGACCCGAUACCGCUGGUUGGUCAGCGCCCCCACGGGACCAGACGGGGUGACCAGCCCCAUGAAGGAAGUGGAUUUUGACACCUUCUUCAGCUCAUCCAAAACCAUCGCUUUGGACUCUGUGUAUUUCCAGGCCGGCUCACGGGUGCAGUGCGCUGCCCGGGCUGUGAACUCAAAUGGAGAUGAAGGUCUGGAGCUCAGUAGCCCCAUAGUCUCCGUCAGCCUGGAGGACGGUAUGUGCCAGCCCCGGGUUGUUGGCACAAUUGGAGCUGAACCGUUCUCUGCCAGACUGCGCUACACUGGAGCAGAAGAUCCGGAUCAUCCAAACCUCAUUAAACUCACUGUCACCAUGCCUCAUAUAGACGGCAUGCUACCUGUGGUCUCCACCCGUCCCCUCUCUAACUUCGAGCUGACCUUGAGUCCAGAUGGCACACGUGUAGGCAACCAUCGCUGCUCCAACCUGUUGGACCACACAGAGGUGCGAACACGCUAUGGUUUCAUUACUAAUGCCACACGCAACCCAGAGGCCAUCGGCGGAACUGCACCUUACCAGUACAGCUCAUCCCUCAGAGGCCAGAAAACACUGCGCUUCUAUAGAAACCUGCACUUGGAGGCCUGUUUGUGGGAGUUCGUCAGCUACUAUGACAUGUCUGAACUGCUCAGUGAUUGCGGAGGAACCAUUGGAACUGAUGGGCAGGUUCUGAACCUGGUGCAGUCGUAUGUCACGCUGCGUGUCCCUCUGCACGUGUCUUACGUGUUUCAUUCACCUGUUGGCGCCGGCGGUUGGCAACACUUUGACCUGCAGUCGGAGCUGCGUCUCACGUUUGUUUAUGAUACGGCCAUUUUAUGGAGAGAUGGCAUUGGCAGUCCAGCAGAGGCAGAAUUACAAGGCUCUCUGUAUCCCACAAGCAUGCGCAUCAACGAACACGGCCGCUUGGUUGUCAACUUUCGCACAGAGGCGCGUUUUCGUGGACUCUUUGUCACUGCGCACUCAGCCACACCUCUUACCUCCAUGGUCAUGUGCGCGGAGCACCCUGGACUGACCUUCAACCUCAGCUUGGUGAGAAGUGAGCCCACUUACAGCCAGCCCAUGCAGCAGUGGACUUUCAUCUCUGACUUUGCUGUAAGAGACUACACGGGCACGUACACGGUGAAACUGGUUCCCUGUACGUCUUCUCUCAAUGUUGAGUACACGUUACCUCCUGUGUGUCACCCCAGAGAGCCAGUGACCUUUGAUCUGGACAUACGCUUCCAGCAGGUAAGUGAUCCGGUCGCAGCAGAGUUCAGUCUGAAUACACAGAUGCUCCUGCUUUCAAAAAGAACUCUCUGGCUAUCCGACGGCUCCAUGGGUUUUGGCCAGGAGAGUGAUGUUGCUUUCUCCGAAGGGGAUGUCAUCUAUGGCCGCAUAAUGGUGGAUCCUGUUCAGAAUCUUGGAGACUCGUUUAUCUGUAACAUUGAGAAGGUGUUCCUCUGUACAGGGGCUGAUGGAUACAUUCCAAAAUACAACCCUGACAACUUUGAGUUUGGCUGCUUAGCUGACUCACCGUCUCUUUUGUACAGGUUUAAGAUCAUUGACAAAGCUCAGCCAGAGACUCAAGCAAGAACAUUCGGUAGCAUUAGUUUCAAUGCUUAUCUUGCUGUAGAUGAUCCUCAAGCGCUUCCUCUAGUGAGACAGCCGGGUUCUGAUGGCUUUAGACUGGACUCUGCAGCUUUGUUUCAGGUGUCAGCAGGAAGAGAGUGGUACAUUCACAAUAUUUACACCGUCCGAUCCAGAGAUAAUGCUAACCGAGGCAUUGGGAAAAGAAGCGUAGAAUAUCAUUCUUUGACACACAGCCGCCACUCCAUUUCCACCAGCCAAUCGCGCAACAAAAGGUCAGCCAAUGGCGUUCCAGAUUUGGCUGAGGGAAUCGGUGCAGAGAAUAACCGUGGCACAAACAUCUUGCAUUUAGCACUGGACCACAGCUCUCAAAAGCAUCUCGAUCUUGACCUGGAAUCCCAAGCCGAGGGUGUUGUUCCCAGAGAACUGAAUCACAGGGAAAGCAGCGAUGAUCGAAUUGUGGUUAUCGUAGGAAUUUUGGUCGCUCUUCUCUUCACCGUUCUGAUGGUUAUUCUUGUCGUUCUGGUAGUGCGAUCCAGACAAAAAAAGAAUGUUACAGAGACCCCGAAAAGCUCCAGCAGCAAAGAGCCCAUGAUGAGACAAGUUCCCGAAAGCAACGACAGUUCCGAGGUUUGAUUUUUAUUGAAAUCGUUUUUAGUCUGCAAGUGCCUCCAUCGCUUGGGCACAGAAAAGACACAUAUUGACUCGGAGUGGUUGUCCUCUACCUCUCCUCUGGAAUUGUCCAAAAGUGUACUUGAAAGUCAUAAGCACUUCUGUUAUCACUGCUUUAGUAAUUCCUGCUAGAAUAUUGUCAAUUGGUAGCAAGAGCCUGUUGUAUAUUACUGCUAUGAUGGUAUUCAUCUAAAUGAUAAUUUAACUUUAUAUCCAAAGGUGCUAGAUGAAAGAAUUGCAUUGUGGGAAAAGAUUGUUUAAGUGCUGAUUGUUUUCAGUUGUCGAAAAAUGGUAUUGAAAGAAUGAAAAUGUCAUAUAUUAUUGGAUCGAUAAUCUUAUUGAUGACGUGAAAUAGGUUGUUGUCGCAUUUGUUUAUUUUUCACUCCUCACACGCCAGAGGAAAUGUACUGUUCUACAUUUUAUGAUGUCGAAUGUGUUUAUGCUGUUAGUAUUCAUUUCCAUAUGAGAUUGAUUUAUUCUUGGCAAACAAAACACAUUCUUACUACGGUUUCUGUAUUUUAAGUAUUUAUGGUCACUAUCAAGGUUGCAUGAUUUCCUUUUUAUCAACACUUUUUGUGUAAAAUGUAUAAUAAAAUGUAUAAUAGUGUAAAUUCAGAUAAAUUGUUGGGAAAAUCAAAAAAUGUA